UAUGUGUGUGUGCUCACAGCAGACUACAUUAAUUUACUACAUAAAUGUUGUUCUAUCAUUUAUUGCUAAAUUCAAUUUUGCUCCUCACAGAAAACUUUUUAACCAGAUCCACCCUGUUUACUCGCCCAAACAUGACCAGAUGGAUUAUGAGUUCAUAGGGAGGAGUUCAUACACACACCCCCCAUAUCAGCUGAUUCCAUACACAGUGACGUUAUAAAUGCACACACACACACACCUAUUAUUAGCUGAUUCUACACACAGAGAGCUCAGCCAUCAGGUGUCUUUCCUCUGAUCUCUUCCAUCUAAACACCAUUUCCCUUUUUCAGACUCCGUCAUUAAACACAGCAGUAAAGGACGCUGAGGCUCGAGAGUGAAAACAACAGAUUUGUCUAGAAAGUCAGGAGAAGGAAAAGCUGCAGUAAUGGCAGAACAGACAGCACACACUGGUGGAACUGAGCAGGAAGUAGAAUCUCUCAGUGUUGAUGAUUAUCAGAAACUCCUGAAGAUAAUGAAGAUUACACUCCCUAAAGGAGUUCUGACACCAGAGAGUUACAGCUGUCAGUCAACAGGCAGCAGGAUGGGAGGAAGGAUGAAGAGAGAGAUUAAAUAACAGAGAAGCAGGGGGCAGAGAGAGAGAGAGAGAGAGAGAGAGAGAGAGACAGAAAACACAGAGGCUCGAAUCUUUCAUCCACUGAUGGAAUGAUGGAGAGACGGAGCGACUCGUCUUUCUCCCGGAAGAGGAGUUUUACAUUUGGAGCGUAUGGAGGGAUCGACAGGUUCAUCAGUGACAGUGAGAGCAGGUAAAACACAACACACACCUUCUGUUCAUUCUAAACUCGCUGACUUUCAUUCACUGUUAGUUUUAAUUCAUGAAAUUUUCAUUUUAUUUUAUUCGAGUCGUCCUGAGACUCUUGGCCACAGCAUUCUGGAUAUUUUAGACUCUCCAUCUAAUGAAAGCAAACCUUUCGUCCCUGCAAACCCCAACCAGAAGGUGACGGAGCUGUUCGAGAUUAUUGAAAAGCUGCAGGGCAGCAGAUUAGAUGAGCAGCGCUGUGAGUUUCCUCCACCUUUUAAAUCGCGGCUGUUGAAGAUAGGAGACGGGCUUCCCCUCAUUCUGCCCCCUAAGUCUGGAGGCUACUGGAUCGACCCUCCCUUGGACAGACAUGUUGAGACGAGUCCCACGUCCUCGAGUCCCUCGUUCGGCCUCGAGACCUACGACAUCAUGGAGAGAGACAGCGAGGCCAAAAUCUACCAGGAGUUUUUCAGACACAGGUACCAUCACUCGUUCACUGCAGUCGAUCCCUCACUCGGGCCACUCGUUCUCUCCGUCUGUCUGGAGGAGGAGGAGAACCGACUGAGGGUCAUUCUCAGGAUGAACGAGUGCUCUCUGCACGCGACCUUCUCCGUCUUUCUCUUCCAGAACUUUCCCACAGCUGUAGAGCUCGCAAAGAUGCUGUGUGCCAGCGUGAGCGUGUCCUGUUUCGAAGUGGUCAGCUACCUGAAGGCUCCAGAGCUGAUAACAGCAUUUGAUGAACACAGAGUGUCUCAAAACUUCAAAUUUGGGGUUUUAUAUCAGAAGGAAGGACAAUUAACAGAGGAGGACAUUCUCAGCAAUAAUGAGGAGAGUGAGGAGUUUAAACAUUUCCUGUCUAUUCUGGGACAAACUGUUAAACUGCGAGGAUUCACAGGCUUCAGAGGGGGUCUGGAUGUGUCACAUGGCCAAACAGGAAGUGAGGCGGUGUUUACUUCCUUUCACGGCCGAGAGAUCAUGUUCCACGUAUCAACUAAACUGCCCUUUACAGACGGAGAUACACAGCAGGUAGAGCAAAAACAAACAAACGAACAUGUUUUGGGACACGCCCACAGUGGAGUGAUGAUGACGUGUGUUCAGCUCCAGAGGAAGCGUCACAUCGGAAACGACAUCGUGGCCGUGGUGUACCAGGAAGGCAGGACGCCGUUUCUCUGUGAUGUCAUCAGCUCACACUUCCUGCACUGCUUCAUCGCUGUGAGGAGGGUAAAACGAGAAAACGGGGCAGACGGAGGGGACGGGGGGGCGUUUCAGGUGUCCAUCACAGCCAGGGAGGAUGUGCCCCCGUUUGGCCCGCCUCUUCCAAACCCUCCCAUAUUUACAGAGGGUUCCGUGUUCCGGGAGUUUCUCCUGACCAAACUGAUCAACGCAGAGAUUUCGUGUUACAGAGCCGAGCGUUUCAGUAAACUGGAGCUGCGCACUCGCUCCUCUCUGCUGGAGGCGCUGAGGUCUGAGCUGUCCUCACGCUCCCAGUGCAUGAUGGGAAACUCAGCACCGCCCACCAGCACAGUGGCCCCGCCUCCAGAGGGGGGAGGAGGAUUCAUUGAAAACUUUAAAAGAGCUAUAAGAGUGCGCAGUCACUCUUUUGACACGUUGGGAGUUGUGAAGAAGACAGGAGGCCAGAAACAACGUGUAAAACACACACACACACACACACACACACACAUACACACAGACACACACACGCGUAUAAAUCACUCAGGGUUGCCAAGUCAGUCCAUUGUCUUUUUUUUUAUAUCAGAGGUGAGUGUGCGUCUGCAGGUUGGGGGUUUGAGUAUUUUGUGUGGAUUCAUUCCAACACCAAAACCAGAUCCAACUCCAGAUCCAACUCCAAAACCAGAUCCAACUCCAGAUCCAACUCCAAAACCAGAUCCAACACCAAAACCAGAUCCAACUCCAGAUCCAACACCAAAACCAGAUCCAACACCAAAACCAGAUCCAACACCAACUCCAGAUCCAACUCCAACACCAGAUCCAACACCAGAUCCAACUCCAGAUCCAACACCAAAACCAGACACACAGAACUCCUCACUGAACUGCUCGACUCCUUCUCAGAGCUGCACCUUAUUUAUGAUGAUAUACAGUAUAUAAUUCUGUCAGUAAUUAUUAUUAGUUAGGGGUCACUUCAUUCAUGAUUCAAUUCUCAGAAUAUCUAACAAAAUUUGAAUGAAGAAAAUUCAUGACUGAAAGGACACUUUUUUAUUUAUUUCUCAGUCAAAAACUAAUAAAAUAAUGUGCAUUUUUGUCUGUAUGAAACUAAAUAAAUCAAACAUUGCUACGAGCUGAAGGUUAAUAUUGUAAACAAAAUGGACUAAGGUUAGCCUUACUGUAUCUUAAAAAUAAAUCAAUAAAUAAAUUUAUAAAUUCUCCCAAAAAUUUGAUUGAAUCGGUAAAAUCUCUGACCCAGGGAAAAUCGACCAAAACAUAAUGAGCUCCGUAGCAGCGCCUGAGGCUUCACUUUAACCAGAAAUGGAGCUCCAAAGUAGCUAAAACGCCCAACUUCCGCUCCCUCGUUCUCAGGCGCCGUAGAUCACAGCAGUGCUGAGCUGGUGUCGUGUAAAAGCUUUUAAACUGUAAUAAUGUGGUUGUGUAACCGUAUAACAUAUAACACAUGUUGGUUGUUGCAAUCUGGAGCUAUUGGGCUGACGGUCACUUCAUGAGUGCAGUGAAAGAACGUGAUCAUGUGACCAGCGUGCUCUCGGUAGAGAGAGCCUAACUCUCUGGGUUGUGCAGAUGGGGACCUCUGCUGUUCAAACACUGCAAUUGCAUUAGAUGCAGAAUUAACAGAACGCCGAUUCCCGCGAUGUGAAUUCGCACAUUUCUGCAUAGUGAUGCGUCAUGUCAAAAACGCACAUUUAAGAUUUAUAGCUGGAUUUCUGUAUCUGCUUUGUAACAGUGUCCAUUGUUAAAAGUGCUCUAUACGAUGCAGUUACACCCCUGUUACUGACGGUGGAAGUUAAAUCAGUGGAGUGUGUAUAGGAGAGGGAUUUUCUCCUGCACACCUGGCAACCCUGCACACAGUGUAAAGUGUUUACUCAAGCCGUCAGUCGGAUGUUUAUUUCAUGCAGAAAAGUAUUUUCAUGUUUUCAUAUUUCACUUUACGAUGAUGCGUUUUUGUCUGAAUUCAGUGCCGAGUCCCUUAUUGCUGCUCCCUACAUAGUGCACUACAUAGGGAAUAGUGAAAGUGAGGAAGGGACUGAUUAGGAGGGAAAAGUUUAGGUGGAUAUUUUAGGGUGAGUUACUGACAUCUGGGCUAGAGAUCUACAUCUGGGCUAGAGAUCUACUUCACAGUGAUGGUACAGGAUGAUCUGAGACACAGCCCAUGUUUCAUUUCACAUCAAUCCACAUGGAUAUGAUAAACAUGAAAAAUAUUAUAAAUAUCAUAAAUAUGAUAAGUAUGGUAAAUGUGAUAUAUAUGAUGAACAUGAUAAAUAUUAUAAAUAUAAAGAUGAUAAAUAUGAUAUAAAUGAUAAAUAUGAUGAACAUGAUCAGGAAGUCACUCUGGUGUUUUCUGCUUUUCUUACAGGAGGGUGAGAGGUGAGUCAGCUUUUGGAGAAAUAUCCUGUGUCAAUAAAACCGUCCUGAUUGGUGAUAAAUGCUGAAAUAAAACAUUUCUGUCCCUCAGUGAAGCAGGACACUGCAGCCCACAGGAAGACGUGUAACAGCCGUGAAGCCUCACUUCCUGUCUGAGAGACGAGACAGAAGCCUGGACAGUGAGACACAGACGUGGAACACAUUCACGAUCCCACACGUUUGCGCUUUCUAGUUUUUAGCUGCUUUAGACACAAAAACAUCCACGUCGACUCAAACGUCACGGGACUGAGGGUGCAGGCCACACACUGGGCUCUGGAGUUAGCAUCAGCAUUAGCAUAAGAGAUUAGCAGGACACACAGAUACUAAUAAACACAUCAGCUCCAGCUUUGUGUUUCAGAGCUUUAACUUAAUAAAAUUAUUUAUUUUUAAAAAAUCUGGGAUUUUUAUAAAAACAUUAGUAAAUAUUGACUGAAGUUAUUAAGAUUAUAAUCAAAUUUAAAUUCAUCCUGAGUGAGUAAAAGAAGCGAAACACACGGCCUGGGUAUUAUUUCACCCUACACUUUCUAAAAGAUAUAAUUAUUAUUAUGUAUAUAAUUCAUUUAUAAUUAGAAAUAAUUUUCACACAUUCUCACUCACAAAAAAAAUUUAUCCCCUUAAAAUGAUUUCAUUCUAAUUUUCCUUUUAACUUCACAGUUGUGUUUUAAAUGUGAAGAUUCUCCAAAAAAAAAAAAAAAAAAAAAAAAACCACAUUAACAUCAACAUGAUGCUAAUAAGAUUUUUAUUUAAAUAUUAUUAACUGUUAAUUUCUGUUUUAACUCAUAAUUGACCAAUUUUCAGAGCAGUACAAUAAAAUCCAGCCAUUUGUUUUUGUCUCUGUAUGUAAGAAACUGACGGUGGAGUGAAACUCGCCUCUGCAGCGACACCUGCUGGACAUGAUGCAGUUUUCCUCUCAUUGUUUGGAGUGUGUGUGUGUUUCAGACGUGAUUUUUCUUUAUAUUGGUAUCUUUAUCAAAUGACUAUAUUACUGUUUUAUGUAUCUUCAGUCUGCGAAUAAAUAAUUCAUUUAAAAACAAGGCAGAAAAAAAAAAACCCUGAAUAAUUUGUAAGAUUUUGUGGUCAUCUGAUUUAGGAAGCUGAUAGUUUUGUUUCUGUUUUUGGGGAAAAAAAAAAAAAAAAAAGUAUAUUACAAGCUUUAAUAAUAAACUGUUAAAGCAAAUUUUCCUUUAGGUUAAGCAGAGACUCAUUGCGCCCCCUGCUGGUCCACCAUCAUACAGCAACUGUAUCAGAGCACCAGUUUGUAUUU